AUGUCACUCAUAUCAAGACUUCACUUUUGUGUAUUUUCCACGGCAUUAAAACAAGUUGAAACAAAAUAUCUAGAACAAUAUGGAAUUAAAACACUUGAUCCAAAUCAUUAUAAUUAUAUUGGUGAUUGUAUACAUGAUGAUGAUUCAUAUGAUUAUAAACGAGCUCGAGAUUUUAAUUAUCAUAAUGGUCCUGAAUGGUUAUAG